GGGAGCGCCUCGCCUCGCCGGCCCAGUCUGGCUUUGGAUCUGUGUCGAGAUAGGAGCUGCCGCCGUCGCCCGGGAAGCCAAUGCGGGAAGACUGGCCGGAGACUCGCGGCUCCUUUCUGCAACUCUAAACCGGUGUGUCUAAAAACUCACCCACCACUGGAGUUUGGCAAUGCUCACAGCCGUCUGUGGUUCUCUUGGCAACCAGUGCUCAGAGACACCCCGUUCCUCCCCAACGCACCUGGAGCUGCAGCCGUUGCAGCCCUACCAACCCCACACCAGCCCGGAGAGCGGGGGAGAUUUCCCAUCCCCUCUGCAGCCGACAGAACUCCAGCACCUGCCUCUAGCUGGGCCUGACGCGGAGUUUUUGACCAACCCUGGUUACGAGCUGCAUGGGUCUCCGAGGUUAGACCUGGACGGAGACAGCCAACUGGCCCCCGGCUCGUACUCCAAACUCCUCCAGACAGCUCCGGAUAUGGCUCACCACUACGAACCCUGGUUCAGGCCUACACAUCCGAGCAAUGCCACUGAAGACGGUGGCGUUAAUCCAUGGUGGGAUCUCCAUGCUGGGUCUAGUUGGAUGGAUCUUCAAAGUGGUCUCCAACCACCAGGCCACGCGGGUGGACUUCAGCCAGCGCUGGGGGGCUAUGGCUCGGCAGAACAUCAGCUCUGUGGCCCACCACACCACCUCUUGCAGUCAGCACCGCACCUGAUGGGCCAGGAAGGGGUCAAACCCCUGGAUUCUACUCAGGAGCCUCAUCCUCUCGAGCAGGCCGGGGAUGGUAGUGGUAGGCCAAAGAGCUCAAGGCGUUCAGUGACCCGAAGUUCCGGUCAGGCAGCCUGCAGGUGCCCCAACUGUCAGGAGGCUGAGAGGAUAGGGCAGUGUCCUGACAACUCCAAGAAGAAGCAUCUCCAUAACUGCCACAUUCCCGGUUGCGGCAAGGCCUACGCCAAGACAUCGCACCUGAAAGCUCACCUGAGAUGGCACAGUGGGGACCGCCCCUUUGUCUGCAACUGGCUCUUCUGUGGGAAACGCUUCACCCGCUCCGACGAGCUCCAGAGGCACCUUCAGACCCACACGGGAACCAAGAAAUUCACCUGCCCUGUUUGUAACCGGGUCUUCAUGAGAAGCGACCACCUCAGCAAGCACAUGAAGACGCAUGAAGGGGCCAAGGAGGAAGCUGAAGGGGACGGCAAAGCUGGGACAGAGCCUCCGGCCAAAGUCAAACGGGAGCCCGAUGGAAGCUCUUCGAGCGCUGCUUCCCAACCCAACUGAGCCGUUAUUCCUCAGUGAGGAUGUCCCCUCCCCCCCGUCUUUCUGUAAUGGUCACUUGUGGCCUGUUGACUUGUCUAUUUAGCUCAAGGCUCGGGGGUGUUGUCACACCCUAUGAGCUUGAACGAGACUCUGUCCUUGAAAUGAGAAGUUAUUUAUUCUCUAGCAGGAAAAUAUGAUGUUAGGAAGGGCCAAGCCCUUGAGCAGCUUCGGGGAGGGUCUUCACAUGGAGUGUGUCUUUGGGGGAGUUAUGGGAGGGAUGCUUUUUUGAAGGAUGGUUGCUGAAGUAGACCGGGUUAAAUGGGCAGAUCUCGAUGGAGGGAUACGGGUUUUACCUGUCUCCAUCUUAAAGGAUGGGUUUAGUAGACACUGUUCUAUACAGAGAAAAGACACAAGUGCAUAAAUACUUGGUGGGACUUUGUUUUUUAGUUUAAGCUUGUAGAGAGAUUUGUGGGUUUGGAGGUAACCGUCCACUAUUCAGUCCCCAUCCCCAGUUUAGCAAGCGUGAUAGCUGCCGUCAUUCAAGUUUCCAUUGGCUGAGUUUCUUUUCUUUGGAAGGAUCUAGGAUUCAGGCCUGGUCCUAGGCAGUAGUAUCUUGUCCUGUUCCGAAAGCAUCUCAGAGCCCAAACCUUAUUCCUUAGUAUGGAUGCCUUCACAAGUGAUGCUAAAAGUACCCUUGUGA